AUUUUAAUUUAUAUAAAUACCCUUAACACUUUGUUUUUUAUCAGCGCCCGAUCCAAGUUACAUUGCUUUAGUUAACCCAGGAAGAGAAUAGAAUUUCUAAUGUUGUGCAAACAAUGUAAUUUACCUUUAUGAUUAUUUAUGCGACGAUAUUUCUCCAUAAAGUAUUUCCUGUCUACUUAUCUACAAUUCUUAAAGAGCAGGAAAAAUGUUCAAAAUUAUACAAGCCUAGCAUUAUGAAAUUUCGAUGCAACUGUGUGAUAUGAACCGUAUAUUGUCUCUAAUAGCACAUAUCAUAUCAACAGUGCUUACAAGCAUAAUUUUUACAUCUUUGCUUUCGUGUUCUAAAUACAGUUAGUUAGAUGGUAAUGAUGAAUGUUGACUGCAUAUAUAAUUUUGAGAACCAUCAAUUAAGAUCAUUUGCUAAACAACACCUAAAAAACCGACGUAAUUUCCUGUUCAAUACUCUGUAUAUGUGAGAAAUCAAUUCAUAAUAUUUUACAAAUAAUAUAUUAAAUAAAGAGUGCAAAUCGUUACAUUUAAGGUACAUUUAAUAAAUCUUGUUGAAGGCGCAAUCUAUAACCUUUUUAACCCCGCGACCAAUGUUGCGAUAAUUUGUCGCACAUAUUAUAUAGAUUACUACUUUAGUUACGGACAUCUGAGAUAAUUUCCCGCUAUUAUAGAAUCAUUUAUGGUUGAUGCCAAUAAUUUCUUUGAAUUCUUAUGUUCUGGAAUCUUCAGCAGCGACUCAAAUUACUUUUCUUUAACUUUCAUUUAAUGUUAUAUUUUAUAUUUAAUAACACUCUUUUUUUAUUUUGCAUCUUAUUAUCUAAAUUAAUAAGAUCAAGAUACUUUCUCCAAGAAAUUAUUAAGGAAAUUUAAUUCGACUGCUGAAUCUUUUUACACAGUGACAUAUCGAAAGCACAGGCAGGUUACUGUUACCAUUUAAAUACUCGUUCAAAGUCGAGCGCUCUACAAAGUAAACUUUAAUAAAUCUGCAUUCUGUCUCGCAAACGAAGGAGGAAAUGUUCUAAGCCUACGUAAAUAGCUACUUCACUUACGCUACAAGUGCCUACGCUUCUUGAUUAAAUAAUACCGCCAAGAUUUAAUCGACGUAAUUUCCUGCUCGAUACUAUGUGGCAUUAACUCGCCACAAUUUUACAAGUAAUAAUUAAAUAAAGUACCCUGGUUUCUCAGUUUGAAUUCAAUCGUAUUAUUCACGAUUCAAUUUAUACUCGUCAUAUUUCACUAUUUCGUCGUCAAAUCUCAUGUGUGUAUAUUGCUUAUAUUAAUGAGAAUGUACACGAUAGCGAAAUCGUAUUUGUUUCUUAUAUGGCGCGAUGUAUUACAUCAUAUCUUCCUUACAACUUAUUAACACUCUGUACAUAUAUUCAUACGACCAAAUGUAGUCGUUCCUCAGGACUCUCGCAACUCCGCUAGAUGAAUAUCAGGAAUGGAACACGAAUGUUAGUCGCCUACGAGGGACGUUAAAUUUGACAGUUCGACUUGGAUGACUAAUCGUAAUUAUAUAAGGAAGCAUCAAUAUUUUAGAUUUCUAGUGGAAGAGAGAGAGAGAGAGAGAGAGAAAAAUAUCGAUGCAAAAUAUUAUUUCGAAUUUCUAUUAUGCUUUAUGUAUUAUUUGCGAAACGUCACAGUAUCACGAUAAGAUGCAUAAAAAAAUUAACUUAAAAAUACAUCGCAUUAUAACGAAUUACCGCGUAGUGGAGAUUUUUUCCAACGGCAAAAAAAAAAUAAAUAAAUGCGAAUUUUCAUGGAAGGACGACGGAUUGGACGAUUUAUCAUCCGGUUUAUUUUUUUCCGGAAAAACGAGUCGUCCCUAUGGAUCGUUGCAAGGAGUUACAGCCCUGAUUGGGCUGCUGGUCGUUCAGGUAGGUAGGUGAACGUAAGAUAGCUAAACGGGUGACGUCAUUGGCUCCUUGGGUCUAUCAGAAGGUGGGAUGGAGAGAGAAAGGGGACACCGUAUGGUCUCUUAGAGAGAAGAGAAAGACGAGAAGAACCAGGAAAGAGGGUGGGAGUUAUUCGCCAGUACACCGUGAGUCGCUGGCUUCAGGUACGGGUGCACGGCACCGCGUGCAGGCAGGUAGUUCUGUGGUCUUUCUCCACGUUUCACCGCGCGAUCGUGUUGUUCAAGUUGCGAAACUAUGCGCAGGAAAACGUUUCCAUCCUCGCGCUUCUUCAUGAUCCGGAACUGGAGCGGAAGCUGUUAGCCAGGAAAUAAACUUGCGACGUAAUCUUGUUCCGUGAUGAUAUAUCAUCUCUUCUGUGCAUAAGUCUUGUGUAGUUAAAUAACAAUAGUGGACAGUGCAUAUAAUUUUCAUUGAAUAUUAAGGGAUAAAGAUAUGGAGCAGUGAGCAUUUAUGAUAGAAGAAAGUUGCUUCUCGUUGAGAAGUUAAUGCAAUGGAACGAAAGAAGCACGUGGUACAUCGAGAUGGAACAAGAUGACUUUAUGCCAAUAUUCAAUUCAAUCGUUAAUAUCCAGAGAAGCAAUUUUAUUCGUAUAGAGGAAUUUUAACAUAAUCUUUAUAAAUAUCCAGCGAAACUUGAAGAGAAAUUUUUCCGAGCAAGUUUACCGUAUGAUCGCUUUGAAUUCUCCCAACGGAAAAUCUUCUCGGAUUGCUCUCUGGCGAACGUGGACGAGCCCUUUAACAACAUUACCUAUAGAAUCUCUGAGGAUUCUUGGAGACGUGAAUAAAAGGAUUGCGAGCUUAUCACAAUAUAUAUACGCUAAGUUUGCGAAUUUAAAAGAUGGCUUUACCGGCUAAACAAGUGUUUCGAUACAUCUGGCAACGGUUUCUACCAACCAGCAUAUCCGGCAUGCAAUUGCUGCAUAUAAUUCUUUAGGCAUCUGCCUGACUCUCGCUUAAGAUAUAACUGCUUGCUCAUCGUCAACCUUCGCGUCUCUCUUCUUCGUCGUAUCGUGUUCUUAAACGCUCUCUUGUUUAUCUGAUCUUCUGCGCCUGCGAUUACAAGUUUAUUACGUAAAGUCUCACAUCAUAGAAUAACGUUUAUAAUAUUUAUCACAUCGUCGAGAAAUCUCUGCUCAAAAAUAAAAAAAAUAAAAAAAUAAUAUUUCAAUAAAAAAUAGAGAGGGUUGUACACUAAAAGCGGUCAUUGUCCCUAAUUUUAUCACGUAUUUACUACGCAAUUAUCGCAACUCGUAAGGAAUACCAAACCUCUCGAGAUGGCAAACAGAAGAGAUAACAACGUAUAUAUAUAUUUUUGCCUGAAAAGAAGGAAGAUCGAAGAAGGAAGAGACUAAAUACAAGGGAAAGUACAGUGUAAAGUAACAGCAAGUGUAACCAAGGGAUAUUAUCAGACUGACGUGUAAUGUGUCGCGUGUAGACACUGCAAACAACGCUAUCGUGCCAAGAAUCACAAAGAGUUUUCUGCUGAGUGGGAGUUUGUAUUUGUUUUUAACCUGCCCUGGAGGAUAUUUCAUCUUGCACGAUGUUUUCGUUUCGAUUUUGGCGCGUUCGAACGGAUUCAUAAAAUCUUUGCAAUAUAAAUUUACUCGACGAUUUUCGAUGAUAACCGCGAUGUAUUCACAGAACUGUAGAGCGAAUCAAUAGAGAAGACGACGAAGUUGAACGCCUGUGUCUAACUUUGAAUGUAUAAAAUGAAAAAAUGUUGAAGUGGAUAAAAGUUCGUCAGAAUGCGUCGGCAACGACGUCCGUGUCGACGACGCCGACGUUACCCGGAUCUCAUCGGGAAGUAAAAGACGAUGAGACGAGAGUUGAAGCUGAAGUUAAGAAAGAAGAGGAAGGCGAAGACAGCGGUAUGGAGAGAGAAGACUCAGUAUGCAAUAUCGAGCUGAGUGAUCUGAAAAAAGACCUGUUCUCGCAGCUGCAGUUUUCGCAAGAGAGCGCUCUGCCGCCCGACACAUUGCGCCGCGCGCUGGCUGAGAGUUUUCUCGAUCAGCAGAGAUUUCAGCUGGGUUUCAUGGACGACGCGGCGGAAUGUUUCGAAAACAUUCUCUUACGUAUACAUCUCCACAUUGCAAGCGGCGAGGCUGAAGAUAUGUGCAGCGCGAGACAUUGUGUGCCACAUCAAAAGUUUGCCAUGACGCUUGUCGAGCAAAGCGUCUGUGGAGCUUGCGGUGCGACGUCAGAGCCACUGCCUUUUACACAGAUGGUUCAUUAUGUGUCUGCAUCAGCGUUAACAUCUCAGGCUCAUCAAACAUCGCUGAAUUCUAGGAAUAGUCCAGAUCUCUUCGGACAACUUCUCCGAAGAGCUGGCGGGAUGGGUGACAUCCGGGAUUGUCCGAGUUCUUGCGGUGCAAAAAUUCAAAUAUGUCGGACUCUAAUGAAUCGGCCGGAAAUAGUCUCUGUCGGUGUCGUCUGGGAUAGUGAACGACCGUCGUUGGAGCAUAUCAUGGAUGUCUUCGCGACUGUGGGCACGUCCCUUCGGCUUAGUGAUGUCUUCCACAGUGUGGUAGACUCUCGAUGGGGUGCCUCUACCGUGCAUAAUCUCGUAGGAGUGGUUACCUAUUACGGGAAACAUUAUUCUACCUUCUUCUUCCACACAAAAUUAAAGGUAUGGAUCUAUUUCGAUGAUGCUACUGUCAAAGAAAUCGGACCUCGGUGGGAGCAAGUCGUGGAAAAAUGUAGGAGAGGUCGCUAUCAACCUUUACUACUCCUGUAUGCGACGCCCGCCGGUACUCCGGUUAAUACUGAGAACGCUCCAAAGACUGUUAUUCCUUUCCCAAAUAGUAAUGGUUUAAAAACAUCUCCAAAGAAUAGCGUUCGUCGUUCGAUUACACCUAGUCCUGAAAAGCCAUCCAUCAACAGCACUGCCAGACGUGCCAUCACUCCCAAUCCCGACAGUCCGCCUCAUCUCUACACUCAACGAAGCAUUUAUAGUGAUUAUCAGAAUCUCACAGAUAUCCAGAAUAAUAUAUUUAACAACCAGGGCGUGGAUGCGGUUGACGGCGAAAUAGAGUCGAAAUAUAUUAGUCGUCGCGCCGUGGAAAACGUAAUGCAACAACAGAAGAAACAACAGAUGCAAUUGACACGUAGUUUAAGCGUGGGAUCAGCUCCGCAAGAUGGUAUCAGCAUCCCUGACCAUAUGAACGUACCUCGAAGACGAGAUUCCGGCAAUUGGUCCGGUGAUCGAAACAGCGCGUCAUCGAGUUCGUCGACCACGAUGGACAAUACGUAUUUGUAUAUUGUUAAUAAAAUGCAAAGAAAUUCAAACGUACCUAAAAGUCCUAUCAAAUCUGGAGAACUCUCAAGUAGCAGCAGCGGUCAUUACGAUGCCGGUUACGAUUCGUAUUCUUUAUCCUCUACGGACAGUCUUCCACUUCAGCAGGGACUAAAGCAUAAUUUACAGCUUGCUCAAAUACCAGAAGGUUAUCAACCUUCUUCCGGCGAUGAUUGCGAACGAUUGUGUAAGGAAACAGACGCAUUGCUGGAUAAAUCCCGUGCCGCCGAAGAUGCUGGCGAUCUUAACACGGCCGUGGCAUUGUGCAAUGCGGCUAGCAGUAAAGCCAGAGCCGCGAUGGACGCACCGUAUAAUAAUCCUCACACGAUUACGAUAGCAAGAAUGAAACAUAAUACUUGCGUCAUGAGAACAAGAAGUUUGCACAGGAGAAUGCUACAAGAACAAGUGACCGUUAAUGGUGACAAAGAAGAAGGAGUGUCUGAAGGAAGACAUUCUCGAGAAAACAGUAAAUCAAGCCAGCAUUCGAGGCAAAGCUCGCGAGACAAAGGUAAUCAUUCUCGACAAAAUAGUCGGGAGCUUCUAGUGAACACUCCAGCGACGGUGGAUAAACCUACCACAAAGAGUAUCGAGAUAUAUGCUACUUUACCGAAAAAGAAGACUCUACGUAGUAAAGCGACGGCAGUGAAUGUUAUCGAAGAUGAGGAAUACAUGCUUUACGAUCGUCCAACACAAAGGACUGGUUUGUUUAGUCGUACGAAACGCUGUGACGAUGAUAAGAAGGACAAGAAACGAGCGAGAAGCGAGGAGAGAAAUAAGAACAUAUCAAAAGAUUUUUCACUAGCACCGUCUCGAUUAUCACCGUCACCAAAAGGAGUGAAAAUUGAGAAACCGAAGGAAAUCACCGAAACUAAUACAACUACGAUUAGGAGUACGCAGCUCAACAACACAGCUGCAGUAGAACAGAAACAAGGCAAGAAGCAGCAUAAGAUACGCAGAAAAUUGCUCAUGGGCGGUUUGAUCAAGAGGAAAAACAGGAGUAUGCCGGAUUUACGAGAAGGACAGGAUGGUCAGACGAACGUGAACCCGGAAGGAUCUUCUAAUAUUUUACCGAAACAAUCAUUGGAUGAUUCCAGCGUUGGUUUGAAAGGCAACGAUGUAAACCAAUCAUUGAGCGGUUACUUAUCAGAGGGGCAUCUGGAAUUCGCCGGAAACGGCGGAUCUGGAAACACCAGCAAUCCGAAUCUUGAGAGAAGUCGUUUGAUGAGAAAGAGCUUCCAUGGCAACGCCGGCAAAGUAUUACACGUUGCAAAAGUGCCUCCACCUCCUCCGCUUAGAACCACUUCUCAGCUUAGCAAAUCUAAAUGUUCGGGCGAAAUGCACAACGAGCAACAAUCUGACAAAGUUGUAUAUCCUUUGCCGGAUAGUCGGUGUGCGCCUAAUUCGUCACAGGAUCAGAACAGUGCUUAUUGGAAUCACAUAAAUGCGAGCAACUCAUCGAAUGUGGCGAACAGAAACUCAGACUAUGCUGAUUACUCCUCGGAAUCUCAUUCUCUUCCGUUUAUACCGUCUUAUAAUGAACAGAGCAAUAAUAUUUCCGGGACGUGCCAAAUAAACUAUAAUAAUAAGCCUAGAAUCCAGGAUGACGUUGUGCAAUAUGCUAACGGCAUACUUUAUGAACCGACUUUUGUCGUUACUCGUGCGGACGUGCACAAUGAGCAGAGUCCUGUUAAGCAACAGUUUCAGCCGGAUUCUUUGCCUCCCUAUCUUGAAAACAGUAAUAUCUCGCAUUCGCGGCAACCGAGCGAAGACUUCCCACCACCGCCAUAUCCAUCAAUUCAUUCAGUGUCGCAUUCGAGACAAACUAGUGAGGAUUUCCCGCCGCCACCUCCACCGAUUGAUGAGCCGAUUCAUCUUCAAGAGACUCAACAGCAUCAAAUUUCCGUGCAAUUCCAACAACGUGUGCAACAAUAUGAAGCACAGCAAAUUACUAGCUUGUUAGCGCAGUUGCAAAGCAAGAGAGAGCAAAUCUUGACUGACGGUCCAGGUGAAGAGAAACGACCAGAGGAGCACGAAGACGAAGAAAAGUCAUCGAGCGAAACGUGGUUGAGAGAAUUGCAAGCUAAACAGGCAGAGAGAAAAAUGAAGAGACAAGGAUCUUUAAAUCAAGACAUUCCAAAAGUGAGGACUCCAUCGAUGCCAACGAUUCAAGGACCGACUAUCGCUAGGAGAACCAGCGAUUUGAUGAUGAACAAUCUCGGACAGGGAUAUGAUCAAGGUCGUGAUGUUACGGAUUGCCCGAGAGUCAUUUCUUCGGUGAAAGACAUGGCUGCUAGGUUUGAACAGAUUAAGCUGCAACCGAUAGCGAAAUCAGAAGCAGAUAUGAAACCUCAAUCGAAGCAGAAUGUAAAUUGUGUUUCCCCAAUGCUAAUAUCGAAUAUGCCUCAAGAUACAUCAUCAAUGGAGGGAACAAAAUCAGUUAACAAAUCAUCCUCCGAAAAUUCCGUAGUUUUUACGAAGACGGAGACUUCAAACUCUCAGGCUGUUUCGAAAUCCAAUUUUGAUUCGCAAUUGAGCCAGAAUACUUUUGAUGCGAUGCCAUCGAACAAUUCUAAUGUUCAACAGAGCGAAUUAAAUGCCGCGAUAUUAUCCAUGUCCUUGACACUGCCGCACGAGAAUGGUUUGCCCAUUGAUUGCCCGGAUGACGAUAUCAGCGAAGUGGCGAUGCAGAACACCAUACAGAACACAACGAUACUGCCAAGCGAGGAGGACAUUGCCCCGAGAAAGGUGAAACGGCGGAUAGGGAAGAAGAAAAGCGUAUCAUUCUGUGACCAAGUGGUCCUUGUUGCAACAGCGGAGGACGAUGAAAAGGAUUCGUAUAUACCUAAUCCUAUUUUGGAGAGAGUUUUACGUUCUGCGAUGAAUAAACCUGAAACUGCUCAGGUUCUGCGAGAAAUCAGAAGUCUUCAGGAAGCGGAGACGAAUCGUGAAAAUACAGUUGCAAAAUUCCAACAACAUACUCUUCCUUUAAAGAGCGAAGCUGAUAGCAUGCCGGCGACACCUUUCCAAGAUCAAUUGAGAAGCGUUAAUCCAAUUCCAGAUACCAUUAAACCAACGUUUGGGCGACAGAAUUCAAGCGAUUCCAUCGGAUUGCUAACAGAUAAGAAGUCUUGUGGGAAUGAAGGCAAAGACGUCGUCGAUUGUAGAGAGACAUAUGCUGGUAUCCCUGCGAACACCUCGAAAACUUCCACAUCUUAUUCACCGCAACAACAUAUCAGAUACACACAGAAUGCAUACACGCAAUAUCUACAGUCGAUGUAUCCGCAGACGCAAGCAUCCCAUCUGAGGACUCAAGCGAUUCCUUUAUCUCAAACCCAGAAGCCAGCCAGUCCUUAUCCCACGCAAAUGCAUGGACAGUACAUACAAAAUAGUAUGCAGCAGACGAAACUAUUAUCUCAGAAAAACGGUUACGGAACGUAUUAUCAGUUGGAGCAUCAGCAUAAUCAGAUAAACAAGCAGGCAAGCGUUCAAUCGCAACAGAAUACGAUGAAUCAAAGGAUCUCGUCUCAUAACGCCAGUCCGAUAACCGUUCAACAUUCACAGCAGCAAUUUUCGUAUCCGCCUAAUCAAUCACCGAGUCCGUAUCAAAGUCAAUACUCUCAAAGUUCCUAUCAGGGUCAUCCCUAUCAAGCUGUUCUCCCUCAGAAUAGAGCGGGUCAACCAUUACCACAAUAUCAAACGUCGUCUAAUCCACCCGCGUUUUAUCAGCAUCAAUUGCAACAAAACACGCAGAAUUAUCAGCAGAGACACGACAAUUAUCAGCGACAAUUAGCACCUCAGAAAAUAGAUCAACAACAAAAUUCCGUGAUGCCUAAUCAGACAUACCCUAAGACUCUGCAGAACGGUCAGAUACAGCCGAAUGUGAAGUAUCCGGCCUAUCAACAUCCUCCGAUUUCAAAACAGAUGCAUUUCGCAAUGUCUACCGCGAAAGUCGUCCCGAUGGUGUCGCAGCCGAUGGUAACGCAAUCUUCUUUACAAGCGUCGACGACCACCGUAAGAGCAUGCGUGACACCCUGUAAUCUUUGUCGGAAGAGAAAUGUGCUUGAGCCAACGCUUUAUUGCACAGACUGUGACUUUUACAUGUCUCGCUUCCGACCGGCUAAUAAAACCACUUGAAUCGUUUCUCAUUAAUUUAAAUUAAAAACUGAAUGUCCACGUUCUUUGACGGAGGAAUAUUAGCGUCAUCCUCUUUGUAGUGAAUUAAUUAAUUACUGCGUUGACAAAAAUAAUUAUUAAUGCUUACAAAAAUCCUAAAUGUUUACAUUUUUAUAGCAGCAUUGUAUCACAAUUUAAAUGAUCCGCGUGCAAUCGCAAGAAUAGAAUUCACUGAAAAUUAGAAAUGUAUAUGUCUCGAACGUGUUUAAAAUCUCUUGCAUACAACUCAUUAAAUUUAUAGGUAAUUUACAUGUAAAAUUAAAUACAAUACACAUAGUACUAUAAUAAUUCUUAUUAAUUUUACAAAUGAUGACUUUCUCUCUCUCGAUGAAGUAAAUAUAGAUAUAUUAUCCACAUUGUAUAAAUAUUAAAAUUAAUUCUUUCGAUCGGAGACCCUCAUCGUGCAGCUAUUAUUUAUACGCAUAUGUAAUAUUAUCCCGAUAAACUCAUUUUUAUAAUUUACAUUAGAGAUAUAGAAACAGAUUGUACUUAAUCUAUAUCAUUUUCAACGUAUUUUAAUGCUUAUUGAAGAUUAUUAUUGUAAUCCGUCGGCUCUAACAUAGUUUUUAAAUACGUCCAUUAUAUGUUUAUAUUAUACAAUAACAAACACAUAUCAUUGAGGCGUUACAUUGUUAUAUUAUAGCGUUUAUGUCUGCACUAUUUUCAUUUGUAUAUAGGUGAAUUUUGUAUCAUGCUUCAUAAGACCAGCGAAACCAAUACCUUUAUUUUAUAAGUUAUAUAAUAAUUCAUUUUAUAAUUUAUAGUUGAGCGAACCGUACUUUCAGUUUUUGUAUACUCUUUGUAUUUGUAUGUUCUUUGUGCAAAUUGUAUUUUAUGAUAAAAAGAUGUGGAUAGUUGUGGAAUUGUGAUACUAGCCAUGCUACGUAAAACUUAUCUCGUUAAGAUAGAAACUAUAUUACAGAUUGCAAAAGAAGAGCUAAUUAGGUAGCAGAUGAAACUUGAUCUCUGAGAAUGCGUGGAGUUUAUUUUACGUUAAUAAUCGUCAAAGUGCGUCUUCUUGUGUAUUAACAUAUAUCACGUUAUACUGUAUCACUUUCCAAGUGUUAGUUAAAUGUACAAAUGUCUGAUUUUAUACCUUUUGUAUGUGAGUAUUUUGUUUUAAAAAUACUUUACUUUUAUUGUAAAACACAUUAAUAAAGCUCCCUUA